CCCUGAUAACACGCCCACCAAUGCUGAGUUGGCACAAAGCGUUCAACAACUGGCACAAUUCAUGCACACACUAGGUGCUACUGUGCUCCAGAACAAUCAAAACCAGAACAACGGGAAUGAUGCCGCAAAACGAGUGGCAUCUCGCAACCCUCCAAGCUUUCAUGGGCAAGAAGAUCCUCGUAUCCUCGAGAAUUGGCUCCGACUCUUUGACAAACUCUUCGACGCGGUGAGCUGUCCGGAAGAGCAAAGGGUUGACAUUGCUGUUUACUAUUUACAGCAAGAGGCGGAUAACUGGUGGGUCUCAUCAGGCCCAACUUUACGUCAACAACCUGACUUCAAUUGGGAAGCUUUCAAGAUUGCCAUGAGGAAACGUUUUUAUCCUGCACACGUUCAGGCCACCAUGCGUGAUGAAUUCAUACAUUUGAAACAGAUGGGCAUGAGUGUCCAGGAAUAUCACAAUAAAUUCGUGGACCUCGCGCCAUUUGCGAAAACAAUAGUGCCUGAUGAAAGCACCAAAGUUGAGAAAUUUAUCUACGGAUUAAACUAUGAUACGCAGAAAAUCGUCGCUGUUUUGGGUUGCCAAACUCUGACUGAAGCUUAUGAUAGAGCUGCAGUUCACUAUCGAGUUCAGCAACUACAAAGAGAGAGGAACCAGAAGAUGAAGAGGGACGAAGAUGGAGGUCGAGGAGAAAAGAGGGUCAGAGUGCACCCACCUACACAGCAACAAGAAGGGAGGAGGAGGAGAGAUGACCAAGGUGGAAGAAAUUUCCAUGGUCAAAACCAACAAAAUGAUCGAAGAGUUGCUCCCAGAGAUAGACACUUCUACUGCAAGAGGUGCGGGAGAGAUCAUCCCGGUGUUAACUGCGAUGGAAGCCUGACAAAAUGUUUCAAUUGUGGGAAGCUAGGGCACCGAACCUUCGAGUGUCUCUCAAAGACCAAUGGGGCACCAGUGAACCAGGUGCAAUACCGUGAUGGAGGAAGACCAGAUAUGAACCAAGCUGGGCCAAAUGGAGGACAAAAUAACAACAACAAUGCCGCCGCCAACAACAACAACCGCAACCCUCGAGGAGGAGGGGAGAAUAAUCGUGGCAAUGGCAAUGGCGGGAACAAUGGCAAUGGCGGAAACAACGGCAACCGUCCGAACCAAGGGCGAAUCAUGGUGAUGAAUCAGGCCCAAGCCAAUGCUAAUGAUGUGGUUUCAGAUGAUUAUGAUUAUGAAGAUUGAUGUACUUGCUGCCCGAGUGUUCCGCUAGUUGCACACGUUUGAUUAAUUAUUGUUGUUUAAAUUUGUAAUCCAUAAACUUGUUUUAAGUUUUAUCUGAUGGCUACUUGAAUUAAUGGUGGAUAGCCUGUGCACUCAAUCAUGUAUAGGUUGAGUGUGGCGGUGACACACCUGUUUUUCCAUUAAAGACUUCCGCUGUACUCUAAAUAUGUUUUAUAAUAAAGAUGUUUUCAUUUCAAAAUACUAUUUUAU